AUGUCCCACAGCCCGACCACCCGCAAAGAUCCAGAUCACCUUUGCCGUUCCGAUUGCGUCGGGCAGACAUUCCCCGACCACGCAUACCGUGUGAUUUUCAGCAUGUUGGCGGCGUUCGAGUUCUUGGGCAGAAUGCCGGGGAUGUUGGCUCUCUGCCUCGUCUGCAACAACAGCACCUCCAUUGACCAUCCCGAAAACAUCAAGACCAUCACAAGGGACCAGCUCCACAACAUGGUUUACCCCCGCGACCCCCCACGGUCCCGAAAAAGGAGGGAUUUCGCUGCGAUGGCGUUGUACGGGAUGCUUGCCGCGGUCGUGCCGGUGGUGAUCCUCCUCUCGUUCUUCCCAACGUGGACAUCUCUCUUUGACGAACCGGUUUGGAUUAGGGUAGUGCCCUCGGUCUUGGCCGUGGUCGCGGUGAUAGAGUCGAUGGCGGGCUCGGCGUACAUAGAUGCGAACCAGUCGUGCUUCGUCCUUACGGUCAUGUACGCCCACACCAAGAUCAUGUCGCUCUUCUUGCUCGUGUGCGGCGCAAAUCGGCUGUUGCUUGGAGAGGAGGGAGAGGACGGUGGUGGGGAUAAGGGUGUCAUGGUGCUUGGAAUCCCUUUGGCUAUCCUGCAGCUGAUCAAGGUAGCCUCGGCAGGCGUAGCCGCGGUGAACUAUCUCCGGGGGAGACCGGACGAGCGACUGCCCACACUUCGCGGUACGCUGAGGCUGUGUACCUUCUGUCAGAUAUAUUGAGUUUUGUUAGCCAACGAGUCGUGGUGGGAGAGGGUGUUGGACCCUGUGCCGUGUGCGUGGCCAGACGUUGUGGAUGCCAGGGCGGUGGUUUGAAUAGCCGAAGCCGUUGUUCUGGCGGUGUGGCCGUUGCUUGAGGCCACACGCGGAAGGCAUCUAAGCACGGACGUCAGAACCUCCGUAUUUUGGGUACUUUAGCGGACUACAGCCAGCGUUCGCGGGCCCGCUUCGUAGAGGGAAAUCGGCCCUCAAACGAAUCAUUGUGGCUUUGAAAUUUGUGUAACCGAUAUGUUUUCUCGGAAAUUCGUUCGGGAUGGCCCCCCUGCUACUAUAGGAGGCCAGCAAAGCGAUCCGGAGACCGCUUGUUACGUCGAGCUUGUUCUUCAAAGUUUUUAAGCGCAUGAAAGAACAGUUGAAUGAAUCGAAAGGAAACAAUACUUGUAGAUAUUAGUACGUCAUACUGGCAGCGGGGCACGUUUGCAGGAAAAGGCGAUAUCUGCAGAGGAUAAUCCGGUGCACCCUGUGACUCUUGUGAUGUGUCGAGCCUUCAUCAAAGAUAGCUUCGUGUCUCGGGAAAGCACCGUGUCAAUCGGAUAUUUCGUCUCAACUUAGCCUUGGGCUAAGCUCCAGUGCCUGAACGUGCCAGCACGCACGACGCCUCUUUCUUCAUGGUGUCCUCUACUGAUGACGGUAGGACGCAUACGACCUCCGAUACAUGAGAUUCAACAAUAAUAUGUUGAACUACUUCGAGCGAAGAACAUCUCAACGGCUGAAAGGUGUGCUCCUGUCAAAUAUUGGAGCACGUAAGUAUGGAUAUAGAGCCAGCGUCAAAAGGGGUGUCUUCAAGUGGAUGCUGAGAUUACCCCGGUACCUUCCAUGCACUUGACAGCUUUCAUCUUGAAAGUGAAUCCGACCGACUUUCAAGAGAGAGACUGCAUUAGGUAUUGCCAUGUUGACACCUCCUACUGUACCUCCUACACAGCAGUGGCUGGGCGUGUCCCACAAGGACUGCGUCCAACGCUGCUGCCCAGUCUCCAUCUCACUAAUCACUCAUCACUCAUCACGUCGCGCGGGAAAAGAAACGAUACUUUAUUUGUCGCCUGUGGCGGCCCCUAUGCAUACGUACGUCGGGGGCGGUGGGUGCUCCGGAAACUCCUACGCGGGGAGUCUGGCUGGGGAGAAUAUACACAAUCAAAAGAAAUGAUGAUGUACAGCAGCAGUCUAGCCGUUGUGGGCGGCGACACCUCAAGGCGGGAAUGUCGUUUGCGCAGAAGAAAAUAAAGGCGGCGUAGCGGUGUAUGCGAUACCCCGUGCCCCUUGAAGGGCAAGUGAGCAAGUCGGCAAGUUGGUGGGGUGGGUUUGCGGGGACGAGGGGGGACCCCCCCCUCUCCCCCCGUUGAACCCACCAGGAAAAAUAGGCCAUAUACAUCACCACCCACUUGAUCUACCCUAUGCAUGACGUGACGGGUGGCCAGUGGGCACGGUUAAGGGGGGUUAACGUGACAUGUAACCCCUAAGCGUUGUGUAACCUGCGUAACCCGGUCGGGCGCACCGUUGCCAACCUCCAAGGUCAGGCAGGGGUUCGAAACGCCGGUCCAAACCCAGUUAAGGGAAAUUUGUAUCCGUGCUUGGUUGCAGGCGAGGUUGUCCAAGCCCGAGAAUGUCCAUGCCUUGCCGCGAAAACUAUGUACCAGCCGGUGUCCACAGAAAACACGACACACCGAUUUAUCGGACAUUCGCGGCAUAUAUAUAUAUAUAAAAACACAAACUUGAAGAGUGCCGGCAUUUGUAAGACCGAUUUUUCUAUGGUUGACUACCGUUGGACGCGCAAAAAUAAAAACACUACACCCCCCCCAUCUCCGCACCACCAGUACUAUUUUCAAAGGAAGCUCCUCCUCGCCGCUGAUCUGCAACUAGCUGCCCACCGUUCACCCCGCGAGUAGUNAAUGUCCAUGCCUUGCCGCGAAAACUAUGUACCAGCCGGUGUCCACAGAAAACACGACACACCGAUUUAUCGGACAUUCGCGGCAUAUAUAUAUAUAUAAAAACACAAACUUGAAGAGUGCCGGCAUUUGUAAGACCGAUUUUUCUAUGGUUGACUACCGUUGGACGCGCAAAAAUAAAAACACUACACCCCCCCCAUCUCCGCACCACCAGUACUAUUUUCAAAGGAAGCUCCUCCUCGCCGCUGAUCUGCAACUAGCUGCCCACCGUUCACCCCGCGAGUAGUCCCUCACCCCUUCGUGAGUGCUCAUUAUAUCUUGCAGCUGUCGCGUUUUGGGAGCUCUGUUCUUACACCACAAAGAAAUCCGGGUUCGUUCUUGUUCUUAACACCACGUCGGGCCUGAGCACGCGCGUGUUGUUGUAAUUAUCAAUUUGUCGACAAUUUCUUUGACUUUGACUUUUUUUCGAGGCGGCAUUUCUUAACUAACUGCCAAGUUCUUAAGUGCGAGCGCCAUCUUCAUCUCUGAUGAUCAUGAUGUAGUGCCGGGAGCAACAUAGACAGACAUGGGCCUACUUUAUUUGAUAUAUAUAUUUUAUUUAUUUAUUUUUGCCUUCCGACAAUUGCAGAUGUACCUCAGAAAACUUUCACUUAAUGUCUCAUACUCUACAUGAAUAUUAAACCAAUACGAAGUACAACAACAUAUGUAGGGCUUAUUUCUACUGUCAUUUACAUCGUAAAAGUAUCUCCUCUUCAACUUACCAAUGACAAUCCUGAUGGUAUCCUAUAUGCGUUCGUAAGCUUGCUAAAAUACUACUGCGUUGAUGUCCGCUUGUAAAAGCUGAAAUCCAACAAAUGCUUUGAUCCAUGCUACAUCUCCGUGUUGGAAAAGCCCUUUCAUCUCCGUUCAUGAUAACAUCUUACCCUAUUCUACGCAAAUCUGUCACAUCUACUCUCAAACAAGACGUCAACUUCAAACGAAAACGCGUUCUACGAUGCGUCUACACUCCAUCCCCAUAUCAUUGGCGUUGACUGGUCCGAGGUCGAUCUUGUUCGCCUGUUUUCGGCGUCUUGACGCCCGCGCAAUGCGAGCUUGUACCUCUGCACUCGCCGAGAUAUGGCCACCUGUGUAGCCACCGAAACGAUCUGAAGAAGUCGUUCCUUGAAGACUCCUUUCAGAGCCAUCGUUCCUCCGUCCCUUCCUCCCACGGCAUGUGUCGCACGUUCAUCGUAUAUUGUGUAACCCUC